GAAAGUGUUUGCAGCUGUGUCCGAGCCGAACUACGCGGUUCCCUGGGCCUACAAGCCCCAGGACGAAGUCGUUCCAGUGCGGGAUGUGCGGCGUCCGAGACAAAGCUUCAAGAAGGUAUUGAAGGAGGGCGAGGACGCACGAACAGGGACUGCCUUUGCCGUUGCCUGGGGCAAGGAGGGCAAACAGUGGCUGCUCACCAACGCCCACGUCGUCCGUCAUGCUGCGGUGGUGCAAGUGCGCAAGCGCGGAGACCACCAGAAGUUCAUCGCAACUGUGCUUUGCGUUGGUUUAGACUGUGACUUGGCAGUGCUGACUGUCAGCAGUGCCAAGUUCUGGGAAGGCCUCCCUCGUGUGGUGUUGAGCGUGGAGCUGCCGAAGCUGCAGGACGAGGUCACCGUCGUGGGCUACCCUAUUGGUGGAGACAAUGCUUGCGUUACUGUGGGCGUUGUCAGUAGAAUUGACAUGCAGAGAUACAACGUAUGUUGGAGUCGAAGUUUACUCGCUAUUCAGAUUGAUGCGGCCAUCAAUCCCGGGAACAGCGGGGGUCCCUGCUUUCACGAGGAGAGCGGCUCUGUGGAAUGCAUCGGCGUAGCCUUCCAGGUUCUGGGUCGCGAUGAUGCCGAGAACAUUGGCUACAUCAUCCCUUCUGAGGUGGUGAACCAUUUCUUAGUGGACUACGUGAAGCACAAGUCCUAUACCGGCUUUGGCAGCUGCGGCUUCACAAUCCAGGCCCUCGAGAACGGCCCGAUGCGCCAUGCUCUCGGCUUGAAGAAUGGAGAGAGCGGCAUCUUAGUUCGCCGAGUGGAUCCGUCCUCUUCAGCUGGCAAGGUGCUCAAGAAGGGCGACAUUAUCCGCAAAGUCCAGGGCCAAGACAUCGGCGACGAUGGGAAAGUGCCUUUUCGAGGUGCACGCAAUGAGAGGAUUGAUUUCCAUUACCUCAUCUCAAAGCUUUUCAUCGGCGACACCUGCAGUUUCCAGGUGCUGCGGGACAAGCACCUGCUGGAGCUUCGCAUGAAGCUCUCGGCCGUUCGGCCCCUGGUUCUCCAUGAUCCACCAGAUCCCCCGAAGUACUUCGUGGUUGGGGGCCUCGUCUUCGUGCCCUUGUCCGAGCCCUUCUUGAUGGAUGAUUUCGGUGCCGACUUUCACAAACAAGCGCCGAUUGGGAUGAUCUAUCACUGGGCCGAGGGCAUGCGCCAGUUUGCUGACCACGAGAUCAUCGUGCUGUCGCAAGUGCUGGCAUCGCCCCUCACCGUCGGCUUCACGGAUUUCUACAACGUCACGCUGCUGAAGUUCAAUGGCCAGCAGCCCAAGAACUUGGAAGACCUCAUCCACCUUGUGAAAGCCUCCAAGGAUGAGUACCUGACCUUCGAGAUAGAGCGGAACAACUCCAUCAUCCUUCCAAGGAAAGAGGCCUUGAAGCAGACGGCCAACAUCCUGAAAGAAGCUCUGCUACGAUUCAGAAGACGUGACUCUGCAGGCCUUGAAGUAUGA